CCACACUUAUAAGCCACGGACAACACGCCGCCUCCUCAGCAGCCGCGCCACAUCCGAGGCGCCCACGCAGACGCAGCCCAACCCGAGAGCGGAGCAGACAGCAGAGCAAGGGGGAGAGAGGAUAGAGGGAGACUGAUCGAUGUCUUCCGCAUCGGUUCCGCCGCCGGUGGCGCCGGAGCGGAGGGUGCCCGUGGUGGUGCCGGUGGUGCCACACUUGGCUGAGGAGGGAGGAGGCGGGAGCGGGAGCGGGGGCAUGGCGGGGAUAUCGCCGAGCAUCCUUAUCAUCGCUGUAAUCGUGGUGGUGAUGCUUCUGGCGUCCAUCUCCAUCCACUACUUCAUCCGCAGUCUCUGCCGCCGCUCCCCCUCCUCCGCCUCGGGGUCCUCGGCGCCGCCGCUCCCGCUCGUGGCGGUCCGCAGCUCCGCGGUGGCCCCGGCGGCGGCGGCGGCGGCGCCCGUGGCCGACCAGGGGAAGGAGGCGGCCGCGGAGAGGGAGCGGCUCAUCGGGCGGCUGCCGCUCUUCACGCUGGCGUCGUCCCUCGCCGCGCUGCCCAGGUCGUCCAGGGACUGCGCCGUGUGCCAGUGCGUGUUCUGCGCCGACGACGAGCUCCGCCUCCUGCCGGCGUGCCGCCACGCCUUCCACUCCGGCUGCGUCGACCCGUGGCUCCGCGCCAACCCGUCCUGCCCGCUCUGCCGCGCCUCCAUCGCGCUCCCGUACCCGCCGCUCCCCGAGCUCCUCCGCGUCGAGCUCGGCAGCGUCAGCAGCCGCCGCUCCACGUCGUCCUCCUCCUCCGCGGCCGUCGCCGCGGCGCCGCCAGAGGGAGUCCGGGCGUACCCGCUCCCCAACUCCAACACCAACACAGAGUACCUCGUGGAGGAGGACCUCCAGGUCGUCCUCAAGCCGCCCAGUGCCGCCAACCCGGCGCCGCCGCCGCCCCCCACGGCUCGAAUUACCGGCGAGCCGAGCCAGCAGCUGGCAGCCGCGGCGGAGCGCGGGCUGUCGUCGUCCGUGACGCCGACAGCGUCGUUCAGGUCGGUGGGGCGUUCCAGCAGCAGGUGGAGCAACCGGUGGAGCAGCCGGUGGAGCAGCGGGCGGUGGAGCAGCCGGUACGACGCCGGGAGCGUGACGGCCGCCGCCACGGCCGAGUGGUGGUGGGACAUGGACGGCGGGGUGGCGCCAGCGUCGCGGCGGGCCGAGUCCGAGGACGGCAGCGCCUUCUACGGGUUCGUGCGGUGGUUGACGGGAGCAUACUAGCUACGUACUACUAGUAAACAGCGCGUUCCAACGGCGGGACAAGCUCCGGCCUCCGGCGCCGCAGCCCCGGCGCCGCGCAUGCAGUGUAAUCUCCAAACUGCCCCAAAACCGGAUGGAUUCUGAUGCCGCUGCCGCUGCCGCAGUCUCUGCUUUUGGGCAUCCGCGACCUUCUCUCUCUUGGUUUCUUUUGGGGUGCCGUACGGAUUACAAAACUGGCUCCGGCUUGGAGAAUGUCGGCGGGAAGGCUGAGGAAUUCGCUCGCUCGGGGACUUUGAGGCGAACCGAAACGAAACGAAACGAAAAUUCCACAUCUUCCCAAGCUUUCUGCUCCUACUCUAGUACGUGCUGCAUUUUGAUUUGAGUUGUACUCCUAUACUGGUCAGUUUGUAAUUUUCAUUCCAUUGGUCACUGUGGAUUGUGCAGUGCAGUGAUGAAGAGAGAGUGAUUUUGCUCUCUGUCUCAUGUGCGCGACAGUGCGAGACUGUGUGCGUCGUAGCGUGGUACAUGAAACUAGUAGGGGACAGCGGUGUGCUUUGAGGCAGGGCAGGCGAAGAAAGCAUUUGUUGUGUGUAGGCGUAGAGAGUGCACAUGGAGGUGUGGUGUUGUUGGGAUAUGGGUGCAGAUUCCUGGUCCAUGCCAUGCAGCAUGAGCAUGAGCAUGAGCGUGAGAUCAAGAACUCGGCUCUACUCGGAUGGAAAAAGGACUUGGCUGUCCCAUUGGACAAGUAAUCAUCUCCUACUAUCAUCUGCUAGUAGCUAGCAUGAGUAUAUUAUUAUCUACUGUUAGUUCAAAGUGAUCAUUUUUGUUGAA